AUGGAAGGAAAAGAAGAGGAUGUGAGAGUUGGAGCGAACAGAUAUGGGGAGAGGCAACCAAUAGGAACUUCUGCGCAGGUGCAAGAUGCCAAAGACUACAGAGAGCCACCCUCUGCCCCUCUCUUUGAGCCUGGAGAGUUGUCAUCCUGGUCUUUCUAUAGGGCUGGCAUAGCAGAGUUUGUGGCCACCUUCUUGUUCCUUUACAUCACUAUCUUGACUGUGAUGGGUGUGGCCAAAUCCACAUCCAAGUGCUCCACUGUGGGUAUCCAAGGCAUUGCUUGGGCUUUUGGGGGAAUGAUCUUUGCCCUUGUUUACUGCACUGCUGGCAUCUCAGGGGGUCAUAUCAACCCAGCAGUGACAUUUGGACUGUUCUUGGCGCGCAAGCUCUCUCUGACAAGAGCAAUAUUUUACAUAAUUAUGCAGUGUUUGGGAGCUAUAUGUGGGGCCGGUGUGGUUAAGGGCUUCCAGCCACACCUGUAUGAGAGGCUUGGUGGUGGUGCCAAUUCAAUCAGUACAGGGUACACCAAAGUUGCUGGCCUUGGAACAGAGAUUGUUGGAACAUUUGUGCUUGUUUAUACUGUCUUCUCUGCCACUGAUGCCAAGAGAAAUGCUAGAGACUCCCAUGUUCCAAUCUUGGCACCAUUGCCUAUUGGCUUUGCUGUCUUUUUGGUGCACUUGGCUACAAUUCCUGUUACAGGGACUGGUAUCAACCCUGCUAGAAGUUUAGGUGCAGCCCUUAUAUACAACAAGGACCAAAUUUGGGAUGAACAUUGGAUAUUUUGGGUUGGACCUUUCAUUGGGGCAGCACUUGCAGCUUUGUACCAUCAGGUAGUGAUAAGGGCCAUCCCCUUCUCCUCCAAGUGA